CUUUGGUGUGACAUCAUUUGUGUUGUAAACAAUUUCCGUCAAGUUACCUCUUGAAAUGGCAGGGGAAAAAAGCACAGCCAAACGAAAAUAUGAAGAAGAACACAGGACGUUUUUGCCAGAGUGGGAGGGUUUAUAUUUUUUUGUUAAACGUAAUGGCAAGCCGAUCUGCCUUAUAUGUCACGCAGCAUUAGCGCAUUUCAAAGCUUCAAAUCUUCAGCGUCACUUCAGCUCACUCCACCCUAACAUCGAACAGGAAUUUCCAAAAGGGACUGAACUUCGCAAGAACAAGUUGGUCGCUUUGAAAAGCCAGGCAGAAAAGCAGGUGCAGUUUUUCCAAAAAUUUACGAAACACUCGGAGACCGUAACGCUUGCAUCAUAACAGACUGAAGCUGACCCUGCAGGUUCCACAUCCAUCAGUGUCAGUGGCCUCUCAGUCCUACUUCCCCCUCUGUUCAUGCAAAGCGGAAGCACAGACGCACUGGGGGCUUUUAAAUGCCAGCGCGUUCCCUGGGGACGGCUUCAGUCUUUUGCUUUACCAGCAACGGACACCGGCAGCACCAUGGAUCUGGAGGAUUCUAUGGUUAAGGGAGGCGUGCUGAUUGUCCACCACGUCCACGAGGGAAAGCACCAGUACAAAGUGGAGAAUGUGAAGUACAAAAGGGCGUGCGACAAAGCGUUUGCCAGGAGAGGAGACAAACUGAUGCAGAUAAACGGCAUUGACCUGCAGGAUCUCACACCUGAGGAGUUGGCACAGUCCUUAGCGACAGAUAAUCCAAUGCUGACGGUGCACAAGGCCAGCAGGACGAAAGAGCACACUGAGCAGGUCUUCCCAGCUGAGGACACUUUACAUCCCUUCUCCAAGGAAUCCACAGUACUCAGUUUCAGCAUGGAGAUGAGGAGGGAGGAAGACCUGCAGCAGAAUGAAGUGGGGCGGGAGGCGGAGAGAGAGGGGGGAGGGGCUAAAGAGGAGGAGGUUUGCCAACCUGAAAACAAGGAGAAUGGGGAGAGGGGGGAUCUGCUCAUCAUAUCCAUGACGAAGACCAGCAUCUCCGUGGUGAGCGGGAGGGGCUGCGACAACCGGAGCCCCUGUCAGGAGGGAUGUAAGGGCACAGGAUGUACCUUUAAUGAAGUUGUCAUGGUGUCAGAAUCCAGCGAGGUGAUGCUCGUUCCAAGAGGAGGUGGAUGUUUACGUCUGCUAAAGUCAUUGAACACUGCAAUCGAACAUUUGCCGUCUCAUCUAUACCUCAGAGGUCUCUGCUCACAGAAGGCUAUAUAUGCUUCACCGAACCCAGAGGAGAUGACCAUUUACUACUACAAGUCAACCAGUUUCACCUUCAGAGGACAGCCCGUGGUCCUGAACUUUAGCAAGUCCAACUGCUUCCUCCGGUGCUGCAAGGAAGGGGACAGGGUGUUCCUACAAGUGGAGACUUGCGAGAAGCAGAGGUUGAAGAAGAUCUCCAAGAACGACGAGGGCGCCCUCUCCUUCGUCUUCUACAUGAAGGCCGGGGGGACCAAACAUCGGACGUUUGAGUCAGCGCUGCACGGCGGCUGGUUCAUCCAAAUAGACACCACCGAUUUAGUGGCCAUGGCAACCCUGGAUGGAGGGACGGGGAACGAAUCGUUCCUCUUCGUCAUUCAGACUUAAGUUUACCAUUCAAAUUCACGUGCCGGAAAGACAAACAUGAGAGGAGUUCUUUAGUUUGACCCACCUGGGCCUGUGACAGAAAAAACACGUCACUGUGUCAAAUUCUGUUAUUGCAGAAGUGUGUAGAUAUGUAUCAUACAACUAGAUCUAAUUAAAAAAUGUUUUGUGUGCGUGUAAGCAUGUAAUCUAUUUUGUUGUUUAUGGUGAC